AUGACCAUCGAAUUUCCAACCAAGAUCAAACCAUCAACCAUGAUUACAAAUAAGAAGAUCAUCAAGAGAUUUUGCAAAUCAAAAAGCCAACACAACACAAAAAGAACACAAUCAGAUUUGCUUCUCCAUGCUAGUAAUCAUACUGGUGUCUUAAAGAUCAACAACAACAACAACAAGCGCACACAACAAAACACCAGUAUUCCUAAAGGUCGCAUAAGUGAUCAUGUAGACAAAAGGAAAAUGAAGAGUUGGUUUAAAAAGCUUUGUAAAGGUUUAGCUUCUCAUCCAACAAAUUCAUCCAAAGAAGAUUAA